CCCUCCAUCCUUCUUCAAUAACAACUAAACCGACAUACGCUUCCUAAAGCUUUCAACUUUCACACUUAUACUGGCAUGCUCUGUUACCCACUAAAACUACAAGUCUGGGAAGAUGAUUCAGCUAAUGUUCAUAGUGAUUUUGUCAGAGAUGGCUCUGAUACUGGCGUUUUUGUUUAGGACUCCAUUUAGGAAGCUGGUAAUAUUGGGUCUGGAUCAGAUCAAGCGCGGCCGUGGACCCAUUGUGGUCAAGACCGUGGCGGGAACGGUGCUUGUGGCGUUGAUGACUAGCGUUUACAGCAUAAUUAAGAUCAAGAAUAGUCGGAUCGACAAAGCUGCUAUUGUUAGUCCCACCGAUCAGGUCCUCAUGGUCAAGCACCUGCUUGAAGCCACUCUCAUGGGAUGCUUCCUAUUUCUUGCUCUUAUGAUAGACAGACUACACCACUAUAUUAGAGAACUUCGUAUACGAAGAAAGAGCAUGGAAGCCAUUAAGAAACAGAACAGAGGAUCUGAGGAUGGCAAAGCUAGCAGUUUGGAUGAGAUCAAAGCCUUGGAGAAUGAGAUAGCUACAUUGCGCACAAGACUCAAACAGCUAGAAUCUGAAAUUGAGACAAAGACAAAAGACGUUCAUACUGCAGAAUCCAAUGUUCUUGCUCUAAGAAAACAAUCGGAAGGGUUUCUUCUUGAAUAUGAUCGAUUACUUGAGGAAAAUCAAAACUUAAAGAACCAGUUAAAGUCGUUGGACCGGAAAAUGUCACGUUCAGGUAGUAAGAAAGAUUCAUAAGCGAUUUUGCCCGCCUUUUGAGAUUUUUUGUUUGUUAUUUAUUUUUCAUAGUGGUUGUUUUGGAGUGCUAUAAGAUGGGUUUAUUUGAUUACAUUUACAUUGUCAUAAAUGCUAAUUGCGGAGAAAAUGGAAUAGAAAAGAGAAGAACAAAAGAAAAAGAGAGAAGAGGUAGGCUUACUACUUUGUGUGAUAAAUGUAACUAGAAGUUGAGUGUUGAAGUAGAAUGGAUCCAUUAUUCAAUUUUGUCUUGAAAAGUUGUGAUACAUUUUGAACGUAAUAACUUAAUGAUAGAGAAUUCUUACCUGAUUUUUUA